AUGUGGUCGAUUGAUAGUCUAUUUCUUUUGUUACUGCCAGUAGUUCAUACCGCGUUUACCCCGCACUUUAACAAAUGGCUGGGAAAUUUCUACGGUCCACAGAUUCGAGAUCAAUUGGAAAGAGUAGACCUUGGACCGAAAGGAUCGUAUGGAGGGAAAAUCGAUGAUGCGGAUGCGCCGAUCAAUCAGCCGGUGAUCUUUGUGCACGGGGUUUCCGAUAUGGCUGGAGAGAAACCGACCGAGGCGGCCAAUUGGUUCAAAACCAAUGGUGGCUAUAAGCAGUCGGAGCUCUACUCGACCACGUAUUUCAAUGGAGCACAAGGGAAUCCCCUGAAAUGGGUCGAGUACUCGAUGAAAUGCGAAUAUGUGAAACAGGUAAGAGCCUUGAUCGUUGCUGUUCGUCUUUACACUGGUCGUCAAGUGGACGUGGUCGGAUUCUCGUUGGGAGUCCCUGUCUCACGAAAAGCAAUCCUUGGAGGGCACUGUGUUGACACGGGCGAGUUCCUGGGAGGUCCAUUGACAAAGUUCAUCGACACUUACGUGGGUGUGGCUGGGCCGAAUCACGGAAUCGCGUUGCAGAUGGCCGGUCUCCAGCUGCCCGCAUGUGCCCUGGGUGGAUUGCCAAUUUGCAAUCAGCUGAAUGGAUUAUAUUCGGGAAAUUGCCCUCACACAAGCUCAUACCUAAAUGACAUAAACUCACUUCAACGCUACGAAGGUCAGCACAUCUACACGAUCUACAGUAAGAUGGAUCAAGUUGUCGGCUUUUUGGUGUGCGGAGGGAUCACUUCCCAAAUCGGAGGACAAGAGGGUGAGCGAAUGUUUGACGGGUUGAAUCACGAGCAAACUUUCCAUCAAACACAUCAUGUUCAAUUGGCGAUGAUCCGUGAGCACAAAGUGAUCAAGGAG